CACAUACACAGCAGGCUAGCACCGGGUGCUCCAUUCACUUUGCUGGGUUACUCAUUUGGAGGGUUGCUGGCACUGGAACUGGCCCUGGAACUAGAGGCAGAGGGGCAGGAGGGACACCUGUACCUAGUGGACAGUGCUCCAGACUUCAUGAAGGCACGGCUGGAAUACAGCACUGGUAGCAACAAAGAGCAAUUUGAGACAAAUCUCAUAUGCAGCAUGUUCAACGCCAUUGCCCCAUAUGAAACCACAGCAGCAGCUGUCAAUAAGGUGCCUUAUUUGGCUCAGGAGAUUACGCUUCUGAAGAGCUGGGAUGACAAGCUUGAUCAUUUACUUGCUUCACUUCCCAUGCUGAAAGAAAAAACUGAGUACUAUAAAGCUGUUGGUAAGGCCGUCUUCGUUCGCCUUAAGGCUGUUGCAGGCUAUGAGUGGAACCACAAUAAGAGGAUCAAGUCUCCUACUAUUCUUCUGAGGUCCACUUCAGAAGUACUCAGAGCAGAGGAAGAUUAUGGACUCUCAAAG